CAUCACUGUAGACAUCGCUGUUAUGGGGGAGGCUCACGGCCUGAUCUCUGACCUCCUGGCCGACCCCUCGCUCCCCGUCCACGUCUGCUCCUCCCUCCGCGCGGUCAGUAAUCUGCUGAGCACUCAGCCUCCACCUCCAGCCCGUUCCACCGCCCCGCGACUAAACUACGACAACUACGCCUGCUCUGACUCUGAGGAGGGGUCCGAGAAGGGGGACAAGAUGACCAUACCAAAGAGGUUGCGGAGGAGUCUUCCUCCAGGAUUAAUGCGCAGAGUCUCCUCCACAUGGACCACGACAACGUCCGCCACGGGGCUCCCGACCCUAGAACCAGCGCCGGUCCGGAGAGAUCGCAGCGGGAGCAUCAAACCCACCGACACAAGUGCCAACCCUGAGACGUGGAGCAGCGCCGCCCCGGGGGGGCAUCAGUAAGAGCCGCUCCUUCUCCACCCCCUUCAUCCUGACCACGCCAACCACCUCAACUCCAAGAGGAGGCAAGGU